GAAAUAUGCACUCUUUUGUGGUCAGGACAAUAAACUGCUUAUGUAGUUGAGGAGAUAUGCAUUUUUCCAAUAGUGUGGAACAACCUCUUAUCCAUCAUUGGCCCUUGGUCCACUCUGGCCUGGAGUUAUAGUACUUGUAAUGGCUCUUGCUGCCUUGUAGGAAAUGGCUCUUUAGGCUAAGGCUAUAAGGAACACUGACAUAUAAAACCACCUGCUGCUUUGGAACUUAACUCUAUUCAGAUAAAGGUUAGGAGAGGUGGUCCUGUGGUGCAGUGGUUAGCACGCUCAUCUCACAUCUGAGAGAUCAUGGGUUCGAUCCCUGGUCGGGCCAGAAAUUUCUUGAGCAAUUCUACCUUAAACCCUGUGGCUCUGUCCAUCCAACAGUGAUCGGUACCAGGUUUAAUUCCGGGAUUUGUGACCCAUUUCCUAGGUAGGUAAACUGUGGUAACCUGGAUUCCAAAGUGGGCACUGCGUCCCAGAGUGGUGGACUCUAUUCACCUCAGGCUCAAAGGCUGACAUGUCAGGAGAUGAGUGAGUGCAGCCAAGAACUGCAUAGUGCAUGCCCCAACUUCACUCUUACCUCUUAAGGUGCGUCCACACGAUUGAACAAUGUUUGACGGACAAAAUUGUUACCAAUUACCAGUGGAAAGCGGAAAGGCUCGCUGAUGACGUCAGAAGCGAGCACCAAGUGGUGUACUGGACACUGUCCGUGUUCGCAGCAUCGAAGCGUCAGACACUGUCUGGUGUGGAAAUAUACGAUGCUGCCAGGCACACGACGAACAAAGUCACUUUUGGUUACAGGAUUUUCAAAGUUUGUCAGUUCACUAGUUCUCAAUUGUCCUGUUAACAUGGUCAGCAGUACCUCAGUCAAGGAGAAAAGUUGGCACUGGGACAAAAAAGAGACUCUGCUACUAAUAGAAUUAUACUGGCAAAAUCCAUGCUUAUGGAAUGUCAAGGCUGAUGUGUACAAUGAUAGGAACAAACGUGUCGCGGCCAUCAAUGAAAUAACGGCAGGACUUAAUAGAAUAGGAUUAUCUGUUACUACUUUUGAAGUGAAGAAAAAAAUAGAAUCCAUCCGUAGUCAAUAUAGGAGAGAGCUACGAAAACUGGAGAAAUCAAAGAAAUCGGGGGCUGGUGCUUAUGACAUUUACAUCUAUUAUGGUGUUUUGAUGACCUCUGCUUCCUCAACGAUGGCGACAGCAUGAGAGAAUCCGUUUCAAGUAUGGAUAGCCAAGUGUCUCAUGUGCCUGAAGAAGUGUCUGAUCAUGAGAUAUUCAAUGAUCCUAUACUUCAACAAAAUGAAGAUGGUUCUGUAACCCAUACAACACCAACGCCUGUCACACCUGUCCCAAGUACAUCGCAUGAUAAUGUACGACCUGCAACGCCUGAGUCUUCACGCAUUCAGACUCAAACUACCGAAGGGAGAAAAAGGUCUUUACUCACUGACGAGAGGCAUGAGGUGCUUCAAGAAGCGCUUCACCAACUGAAAGAACUAUCUCGAUCGGAGAAGGAGGAUAGCAAUGAAGAAAGUGCUUUUGGUGAUGUUGUUACCAAUGAUUUGCGAAAGAUGAAUGAAGAAAAUAGGAUCCAUGCACAGAAACUAAUUUCUGAGGUACUUUAUCUGGGAAAAUUAGGGAAGCUCACCUUUUCAUCCAAGGUUGUUGGCUAAUUAUGUACGACCAUAAUUUUGUCUGUAUUGAAAGUGGCAUCAAUAUGUUUACAAUAAAGCUGUGAAAGUAACA